AUGUCAAUUUUAUAUCAAAUUCAAUCUAAUGCAAAUAUCGGUUAUUUUUUAACUGAACAAAAUGGUAAAUUGGCUUUGACUAACGAUAACAGCUCACCAUACACCUAUUGGUACUUUCUCAAUCCGUACAUUGAUUCUUUGAAUUAUUAUUUCGAGAAUCCCGAAUACAGAGGUACUCAUGCUAUAAUCAAUUCGGUUUCGGGUAAAGCGAUUACAUACGGGAACUCGGACACUUUGGAAUUGAUACUCUUCUCCUCAGGUUGGGCUGGAUUUUAUUGGAAAAUUAUUAAAGCAAUAGAUUAUGUAGUUAUCGCCAGCUGGAAUAACCCAUACACCAAAUUGAAGGCGAAUCGUUAUUGUUAUAAUCUUUCGAAUCAAUCUGUAAUCAUGAGACCGUCCGCAUUGAUCGAUCAAGGAAAGGAUGAAAAUGAAAAAGAAUUUAAAUGGAGACUUGUUUUUAAAUAUAAUAAUCCUAAACUGUAA